AUGGGGGUCCUCCUCCUCCGCCGGCCCCCCCUGAUCCUGCGGACGGCUGCCCACCUGCUCCUGCUGCUGCUGCUGGACUGCGCAGGUCAGUACCUCGGGGGUCAAACUGCGGGGUGAGGACCUUUGCCAGGGCCGAGGCGGGGUGGGAGUUCCCAGGCCGGACUGGAUCCGGAGUCCGGAUCCCUUCGUAAAUAUCCUUCCCCGCCCCCUGGGGAUUUUGUGCGCUUUGUAUGCCGCCUGGGGCAGAGACCGCAGCCUUACUCGGCUCGCAGGAUUGAUGGCGUGGGAAGCGGCUCGCCCCUCGCGCGUGCUGCUGCUUCCCGGAAUCCGGUGGAUACGUGAGAAUCAUAGCACGGAAGAAGAGAUGGAAGGGACCCUGAGGGUCAUCCAGUCCAACCCCCGUGACGGAGGGAUCCCCUGGCCCGCAAUUGCCAAAUACUCUGCUGGUCGAUCGUUUCUUUUCUCUGGCGCGUUCGUCACCCGCUUGUGCCGCUUCCCCCCCUCAAAUUCCGCUUGCGCUGCCUGGCCCCAAAAAGUAGAUUUUGAAAGUUUAGAAAAGCUUUUGCUUAUACAGUAUUAUUAUUAUUUACUGAAUUGUUUACUGAAUUUCUAUACUGCCCUCUACCCGAUGAUUACGGGGCAGUUUAAAAUAUAUAAACAUAACAAGAGAAAACAAAAUAGCAAACAAAACUAUUACACACACACACACACACACACACACACACACACGGCCAUAGUUUAAUCGGUCUAAGGCCUAGUUGAAGAGUACCUUCCCCCCCUGGUGUCUCCCCAGGAGAGCAUUCCACAAGUGGGGAGUCACCACAGAAAAGGGAAUUAUUAUUAUUAUUAUUAUUAUUAUUCUGCCACUCAGCCAGAGUUGCACCAGCCACUGUGGGCAGCUUCCAGCAAAUGAUAAAGCCAUAGUAAGCUAGGGUUGCCAUAUUUCAAAAAAUGAACAUCUGUUGAGUUUUUUUGGGGGGUGGGGAGCAUUGACUGAAGUUGUUGAGCUUUUUUUGAACGAUUUUAAUAUUAAAUUAACCAAAAUCUACACUUCUGACAGGCUGUCAUACGUCCAGGAUAUUUCAGCAUUUUCCGCCUGGAUGCUGAAUACCGGCUAUAUUUGGGAAAUUCUGGACAUAUGGCAACCCUGGUAAAACAUUACACAUUACAGGGCUGCCUUCAAAUGUCUUCUAAACGUUAUAUAGUUACUCAUCUCCUUGACAUCUGAUGGGAGGGUGUUCCACAGGGAGGGCAUAGCUGUCAACGUUUCCCUUUUUUUAAGGGAAAUUCCCUUAUUCCGAAUAGGAUUCCUUGCAAGAAAAGGGAAAAAUUGUCAGCUUUGCAGGGAGGGUGCCACCACCGAAAAGGCCUGGUUCCCUGUAACCUCACAGUGAGGUUACAGUGAGGGAACCACCAGAAGGCCCUCGGAGCUGGACCUCAGUGUCCGGGCUGAACGAUGGAAGUGGAGAUGCUACUUCAGGUAUGCUGGACCAAGGCCGUUUAGGGCUUUAAAGGUCAGCACCAACACUUUGAAUUGUGCUCGGAAACGUACCGGGAGCCAAUGUAGGUCUUUCAAGGCCAGUGUUAUGUGGUCCCGGCGGCCGCUCCCAUUCAACAGUCUAGCUGCUGCACCUUCAGCAUGUAGAUAUGUAGACAGCAGCACCUUCAGGGCAUGUAGGUAUCCCUUGCUGAUUCCAGUAUCCAUCCGGUCAAGACCAGAUAGUCCUUAAGCUUUUAAUGUUUGAUGGAUUACUGUAUUUGAAUAUUUUGUUGGAAGCCGCCCAGAGUGGCUGGGGAAGCCCAGCCAGAUGGGUGGGGUAUAAAUAAUAAAGUAUUAUUAUUAUUAUUAUUAACAACGACUAAACCUGCCUCCUCGGUAAUGACGUGAUCUGGUCUCCUCCCUCCCAUGAUCACUGAGAUUGGUUGUCGCAGUCCAUCCCCCCCUGUGGAACCUGCCCCAGCCAUUUAGUUGGCUGGGAUCCACUCCCAAGCAGCCCUGAACCCCCACCGUUCUACCUGGACACGGAGGUUCAGCUCUGAGGGCCUUCUGGGGUUCCCUCACUGCGAGAAGCCAAGUUACAGGGAACAAGGCAGAGGGUCUUCUCGGUGGUGGCACCCGCCCUGUGGGAUGCCCUCCCACCAGAUGUCAAAGAGAAGAACAACUACCAGACUUUUAGAAGACAUCUGAAGGCAGCCCUGUUCAGGGAAGCUUUUAAUGUUGGAUGGAUUACUGUAUUUUAAUAUUUUGUUGGAAGCCACCCAGAGUGGCUGGGGAAGCCCAGCCAGAUGGGCGGGGUAUAAAUAAUAAAUUAUUAUUAUUAUUAUUAGUCCCAUGAUGGGGCCUGAAUCCUGAUUGGAAGAGGUCCAAAUAGUCCGCAUCCUCCAGGCAUCCCUGGAGUGGGAAGAGAGAGAGGUUUUGAGGUUAGGUACGAUUCACCUGCCCUUUACAGCUUUGCAGAAGAAUAUUACCUACAGUGGUACCUCGGGUUAAGAACUUAAUUCGUUCUGGAGGUCCAUUCUUAACCUAAAACUGUUCUUAACCUGAGGUACCACUUUAGCUAAUGGGGCCUCCUGCUGCCGCCGUGCGAUUUCUGUUCUCAUCCUGAGGUAAAGUUCUUAACCCAAGGUACUAUUUCUGGGUUAGCAGAGUCUGUAACCUGAAGCAUCUGUAACUCAAGGUUGCCUUGACCACUGUACUUGUGUUUGAUCCUUAUUUUCAAGUGGUUGUGACUCCACCCCCCAAAAAAUGUCUUUUGCUUUUAUUGCAAAUAGUUUUGGCAAUUGUUUAAUGGAAAACUGGUAUAAAUAUUUUACUAUUAUUAUUAUUAUUAUUCAGCUUAUUUGUUGCUUGUUACACAUCAAAGUCUGUAAGUGACCCAGAAAACUUUAAAAAACCUAAAGGCAUAAAAUUGGUUAAUUCUCUGUUAAAGUCACUCAAUAUCUGCCAUGGGGAGCAGCCCCCUUACUGUCAGUUGCUUGGGAGAGAUGGGGAGGGGAGCAACUGGCCUUAGGUUCCUCCUCUUGGGGGACGGGGGACUGGCUUUGUGGCUUUUGGGGACCCACACGCAACUCCCAGAGGCAGCUUUCUUCUGAGCUCUUGUGAUUUGAACUGGGAGAAAGUUCUCCAGGAGGUUCAGGCAUCAGAAUUGGGUCUCACUUCAUCUUUCGUGAAAGGAAACUGAGCUGGAGGGAAAUAACAGAAAGGAAAUGUUUGUCUUGUGGGUUUCCGACUCCACCCACUCAAACCAUCCAGCCUCUGUAUUUCAACUCCUUAGAUGUUUUGAGAAGAGUCAUACAGUAGUACCUCGGGUUACAGACGCUUCAGGUUACAGACUCCGCUAACCCAGAAAUAGUACCUCAGGUUAAGAACUUUACCUCAGGAUGAGAACAGAAAUCGCAUAGCAGCAGUGGGAGGCCCCAUUAGCUAAAGUGGUGCUUCAGGUUAAGAACGGUUUCAGGUUGAAUGGACCUCCAGAACGAAAUAAGUUCUUAACCCGAGAUACCACUGUAUUUUGAUUGUGUAUUUCGUGAUUUUAUGUGAUUUUAUCCUGUGGGGUUGAAGUUGUCUACUGGGGCAGGGCGAUAUAUCGAUACAUCGUCCAAAACGGGUUUUUAAGCCUAUAUCAUGAUACCGAUUUCAUAAUUCUAGACCUGUCACGAAUCAUGGAGUGGGUGGGUGCUGUGCAAAAAUUGCAAUGCAGGGGAAACCAUGAAGGCAGCUGUUGCCUCUCCUUAGCUCCAUCCUUAUUUAAGACAUCACAAUAUAUUGGUAUAUCGUGACGUUUAGCGGGUGAUGUGUCGCAAUGUUGAAAACCAGAUGUCACCCAGUCCUAUUGUCUGCAGCUCAUCGUCGCAGUUCCCACAGGGGUGGGGAUGCGAGAAGCCUUUGCUAAGACCCCCUUGCCCCCGAAUCUCUCGCCAGGCCUUUGUCAGACAUUGCUGUGGGGCUCUGAUGAUCUCGUGGGGUGGGGUCUAGGCAGAGACCAGAGGUCCUAACUUGGUGCCCCCAAAUGUGAGGCCAUUGUUGGUAUAAAAUACAGUACUGAGAUAGUCUGAGUCUUCUAUCCUGUCCUUCAUCCCAGGUGAGAAUUGAGGGGUGUCAGUUUUUUCUUGGGGGUGUGGAGUGGCCGUGGGGCUGAUCGUGUAUUCUGUAGGGCCGUGCCACUUGAGAAUUUGCUGCAGCUCUCCACCACGGAGCCUUGUUCUCUUCCCGAAGGCACAAAGGGGGCACAUGUCCCUUCCAUGCUCAGUGUGCAUUCACGGCAAGGUGUGGAGAGGGAGGAGGAGAGCAGGAUGGUUGUGAACAAGGCAAAAGUUAAUCCAUCUUCCUUGAUGGGGAUGAUCUGUGUUGGCUCCUUGCGCCAUCUAAUGGCUAGUGUUGGUAUAGCCUAUGAGAAAGGGAGCUGCGCUGUCGAGUAAUUGAUAAUUAACGGUACAGUGGUACCUCGGCUUUCAAACUUAAUCCGUUGCAGAAGUCUGUUCUUAAACCAAAACUGUUCUUAAACCGAGGCGUGCUUUCCCUAAUGAGGCCUCCCGCCGCCGGUGCCCUUAGACCAUUCAGCUUCCAUUCGUAGACCGAGGUAAAGUUCUCCAACCAAGACACUAUUUCUGGUUUUGCGGAGUUUGUAAACCAAAUCGUUCUUAAACAGGACUGUUCUUAAAGCGAGGUGCCACUGUAUUUAUUCCACAGAAUACUGUAUUUAUUCCACUGUAUUUAUUCCACAGAAUCAUAGAGUGGGAAGGGACCCUGAGGGUCAUCAGCAAUCCAGGAAUAUUUUGCCCACCGUGGGGCUCGAACCCAUAACACUCUGGUUCAAAGCCCAUCUCAGCCGUGAACUCCCCAGGGGAAGGGAAUGAAUUAUAGGCGUUUGGGAGCACACCUUCCUGUCCUCCCCAGUUCUGUCCACGAUGAGGAGUGACGGGGGCAUUGCUGCAGGGUGUCAAGGAAAUAAACAACCAUCUGACUUUUAGAAGACAUCAGAAGGCAGUCCUGUAUAGAGAAGUUUUUAAUGUUUGAUGUUUUACUGUGGUUUUACAAGCCACCAAAAGUGGCUGGAGCAACCCAGUCAGAUGGGCAGCAUGUCAAUUUACUAUUGUUGUUGUUGUUCUUGCUGCCUCAGCCUCACCUGCUUCAUUUAUAGAGCUGCCCCAUAGCAGAAGGACUCUAGGAAGCCAUUGUGGUUAGAGAGUUGGGACGAGGACCUUGGAGAUCGGGGUUCAAAUCCCCACUCCACCAUGAAGCUCACUGGGUGACCUUGGAGUCAGUCACAGCCUCUUCACCUACCUCACAGGGUUGUGGUAGGGAUUAACUGAGGAGGGGGGUGAAAAAGGUGGGAUCUAAAUGCAGUGAAUAAGCUCCUCUGCUGAGCCGCUUAAGAAGUCUGGAGGGGCCAGCCAGAUGGAGAUGUCAGUCACCAGCUUAGCAUCCACAGAUCUCCAUGUGUGCUCACAGUUGGACCCGUGCCAGUUGCAAAACAUGCCUGGCGGAUUUCAAACACUGAUUGAUGGGUAUGUUGUGUCCUGGAAUUAAAAACAUGAGGCUUGGUGCAGAUUCAACUUCUGCCCUUUCCCCCUUUCUUCCCAAUCCCUUUGGGGCAGAAACUUGACAGUGCGGAGCCUUUUAGUCGGUUGCCCCUCAAAGGGAAACAGAGAUAGAUUGUGGGGUCUGGCCAGGUGUGUGUGUGUGUGUGUUGUUGUUUCCAGGUGUAUCUACAGAGCACCUUUGCCUGCCCCCUCUUUUUUAUUCCCUUUGAGGCAGCCUCUGGGAGCUGCAAAGAUUUAUCCCCCUUCCCCUCAUUAUGCCACAACACUCGAACUUUCUGUUCCCAUGGCUCCUGAUUCCCCCCAAAUUUUGUUUUUUUACACUCUAUCCCUCAAUUCUCUCCCAGUUUAUUUGCAAUUUUUCCAUGGAAAUGGAAUAUACCUCAAAUAGGGGAAUGGCAGUGGGGAAGCUAUGAAAUGUUUUGUUUUCAUUCUACAGAGCAUAGGUGCUGGGAAGGGGCAUUGCUACAAACCCACUGCCAUAUACACCUCAGAUCUUCCGUUUGGGGGCUGCUGGAUUGUCAGAGAGCCCUCAGCUGCAGGACCCCUAACGCUGCCCCCUUUUCUCUUCCUUUCCAGGCUCCACUUCUCACUCCCUGCGCUACUUCUACACAGCCGUGUCUGAGCCUGGCCAGGGGCUGCCCCAGUUCAUUUCUGUGGGGUACGUGGAUGACCAGCAAUUUGUUCAGUACGACAGUGACACCCAGGAGGCGCUGCCUCAGGUCCCCUGGAUGAGGAAGGUGGAAAAGGAGGAUCCUCUGUACUGGAAGAAGAUCACACAUCUCUUUCGGGACACUGAGAGAGUGCUGGGGUGGAACCUGGCAACCCUGCAGACUCGCUUCAACCAGAGCGGAGGUGAGUGGAAGGCAGGAGAGGCAGAGACCCCCAAUAUUCAUCUCUCUGAUGCUCAGGAGGCAAAGGGAGAUGCCUGCUGAUACGAAAGGGGCGAGGUGAUGGGCGGGAUGUUCUCCAACCUGGGCAGAAGUCCUUCCCUCUCCCCUUCCAAUCUGUACCUGCACUUUCUCAAAAAGAUAUAUUUUUACUCUGCAAAAAGGCACUUGGGAAUGAGCUGCAGGUCGGUUAUAUGAUAAUGGUCAUCAUCCUGAUUUGUGAAAUUGACCGAUUGGGCCAGUCACUGUGCAAACCCCUGGCGAAGAGAAAAGGAGAAUUGCUCUUUCCUUGAGAACCCAUGCUGAGGCAGGGAUCUUGUUUUUUGGAGGAACUGAGAAGGCGCUGUCCAGAGUGCUGGUCAAUGAGGCCCAGCUGCUUUCUGAUUACAGUUGUACCCUGGCAUCCGUUCCAGAAGUCCGUUUGACUUCCAAAACGUUCGGAAACCAAAGCCAAUUGGAAGCUGCAGAAGCCUCAUCGGACAUUCGGCUUCCAAAAUAAUGUUCGGAAACCAGAACACUCACUUCUGGGUUUUGAUCCUUUGGGAUCUGGAACAUUCUACUCCCAAGACAUUCGGGAGCUGAGGUACAACUGUACGGAGUUUACCAGGAAUUGCCAACAUGUGUUCAAGCAAGAUAAAACUUUGCUUCCCCUGAGGGGAAAAAAACAAAACCUCUAACAUUCUCAGGGUGCUAAAUUUUGUGUCAUAUUCUGGAAAACAAACACAAUUCUGGAACUGUUGUGUGAUGGUUCAAAGUGAAAAGCAAUGUAUAUUUGGCAUUUAGAAACUGCAACAAAGAUUUAACAUAGUGGGGGGCGAGGCGGGAAAGAUGGUGACUGCGAUACAGCAGCGGUGCGAAAGCAUCCUAUUGCUACCUACAUAAGCUUCGCUGUUGAAAGGAAAUUACUCAGUGUAAUAAUAGUAAUAGUAAUAAUAAUAAUAAUAUAUUUUAUUAUUUAAAGCCCACCCAUCUGGUUGGGUUUCCCCAGCCACUCCGGGCGGCUCCCAAAAGAAUAUUAAAAACACGAUAAAACAUCAAACAUUAAAAACUUCCCUAAACAAGUUUUUACUCUGCUAACUAUACGUCGGAAUCUGCUCUGGAUCAAUAUGAGUAGAAUUUGUGACAGGAUAAGAGGCAUGAGGGGACGCGGGUGGCGCUGUGGGUAAAACCUCAGUGCCUAGGGCUUGCCGAUCGUAUGGUCGGCGGUUCGAAUCCCCGCGGCGGGGUGAACUCCCGUCUUUCGGUCCCAGCUCCUGCCCACCUAGCAGUUCGAAAGCACCCUUAAGUGCAAGUAGAUAAAUAGGUACCGCUUUAUAGCAGGAAGGUAAACGGCGUUUCCGUGUGCUGUGCUGGUGCUGGCUCGCCAGAGCAGCUUCGUCACGCUGGCCACGUGACCCGGAAGUGUCUCCGGACAGCGUUGGCCCCCGGCCUCUUAAGCGAGAUGGGCGCACAACCCUAGAGUCGGACACGACUGGCCCGUACGGGCAGGGGUCCCUUUACCUUUACCUAAGAGGCAUGAAGCGGUCUGGUGGACAGCUUUGUUGGAAAAACUAACAUGGAAACUGUGGGUAGCAACAGGCCAAGAGGAAAACGAUAACUUCUACACAGUAUGGGGCGAUUUUAUUGGACACACAGGUAGUGAGGCCCAUGGGGGGGGGGUUGGGUUUGGGGGGGUAACACAGUAUGGAAUUCAUGAAGUAUACAUUUUAACCUUUCAAACUGUCGUGGACAUUAUGUACUCCUUCCCUUUAAUGAGAUUAGAGUACAUGAUGUGUUGUUUUAUGAUUUUUAAGGUUAUGAGAACGUUUGAAAUAUAUGCUGUGACAAAUAAACUAUUUUUAAAUGGGGGGAAAAGAAAAAUAAACUGCAAAAUAACCCCCGACCCCAAACAAACUCCAAGAUCGUAAUCCAACACAGGAGUAAGUAAAAGAAGACUCAUAUAUUUCAGUGAAAUCAGGACUGCAAUUCUAUACACGGAUAUACCUGGAGUAAGUCUCACUGGUGUGGUGUUUACUCAGUGGUGUUUACUUCUGGUUAGACACAAAUAUAAUUGCACUGUAAACUACUCAGUUUUGUGUUGGAUUAUGGUUAAAACCGAGUGGGGGGGGGAGAGAUAUAACAUCCAUUUCUUUCCAUUUCCCCCUCAUGGUUCACAUGCUGCCUCUGACUCUUCCCUGAACCUGAGGUUGUUUCCCUGAAACUGAGAGUGUUUAAAUAUAUAUAUAUAUCUCCUGUUCUGAACUUCUCUUUGCGUUCCUGGUCUGGUUCUGUCUCUUGCCUGGCAUCACAUGUCUCUAGGCGCCAAGCGAAAACAUCCCUAUUCUCCCAGGCCUUUGGCUAAUUCAACAAUCUAUGUUCUUUUAAACUGGAAGGGGCUGUGUGCUAUUAUUAUUAUUUAUUUGUUUGCCUCUAUGGUAUAUAUUUUGGUGGUGUUCUCUUGUAAACCAUCCUGUGGUCUUUGGAUGAAGGCCGGUAUAGAACUUGAAUAAAGGAAUAAUAAUCUCUCUCUUGUGCACACACAACUCUUGACAUCUCGGGUGUCUCCUUCCACCCCCACCCCCAGGUUUUCCCUCCCUGCAGGAGAUGCUUGGUUGUGAGCUGAGGUCAGACGGGCGCAAAGAAGGAUAUUGGCAGUUUGGCUACAACGGGAGGGACUUCAUCGCCUUUGACAAGGAGACCCUCACCUGGACAGCAGCUGAUACAGGGGCCAAAGUGACCAAGAGGAAGUGGGAUCCUAUCGUGGAGCAGAACAAGUACCGGAGGGCCUACCUGGAGGAGACUUGCAUUGAGUGGCUGCAGAGAUACCUGGAGUACGGGAAGGAGACUCUGCUGAGGACAGGUGAGGGGGGCAGUGGGGAGGGGAGGGGGGCUCAGUGGGGCAGUUUCCCUACAAAUUCCCCUCCCCCCCUUAACAGUCUUCCUUUCUGGACCAAACAGCAAACACUCUUCUUGGUGGUGAUGGGAGAAGAAAGGGGGUCACUUCAGAGUAUGAGGGGGGGAGAUGCUUAAAAACAGCCCCACAUGCCCCUUUGGCUAGAAUAAGGGAUGGCAAAAGACAAAUGGGGGGAGGAGACACAGAAGCAGCAGGGAAGUGGUCAGUAAAGCAAAAUGCAUUUUAAAUUAAAUUUAAAAAGAAAAUUGAAAUGGACAGAUUUGAGGGGAGAUACAGAAAACCUCUUGCCUUUAAAGUCUUUAAAAGUAGAUAAAUUAACAUUUUUUAAAAAAAUAGAAAAUGUGUGGGGAGUCCAUAAAAUAUGUCUUAGAGGGCAGGAUGCAGCCCCCUCACUAAGACUGUAGGUUAGCAGAAAACCUGCACAUGGUGAGAGAGUAUGGGAAUUCCCACUUCUUAUAUUUUUUAUUUGUGAGGAAUUUCCUUUUUCCCAUGGAGAACAUUCAGAAGUGUCAUCUUCCCCAACCCCAUGCCUUGAAAUGGUACAGUCCACUCUUCUGCCUUCAGGAAUCUGUCACGGGGCCAAUCACAUGAUCCAGUGUUUUGACUGGGAUGGACCAUUGCACAAUGGGGGGGGGGGGCUGGGAAUCCAGCCCAUGGGAGAAUCCUGCCCUAUAUUGAGAGCGAAAUCCGUCAUGCUAUGUAGGAAGCAGUGCCUGACCAAGGACCUCCCUCUGUGUCCUCCAGGACUGGGAGGUUAAGGUCCAGCGGAGGCUGAGGGCACCUAGACCAGGUGGGGCUCCUGGGAGGUCACAUGACCAACCCCCAGGUCCCCAUCUCCUUCCUUGAAAAGGAAACAUUGGACACUUGAGCAGAACAGUUGUCCAAGUCCAUAGCACCUUCAGAAGGUGUCCCUGCUUACUCCCAUGUAAGCGGACACAGGAUGGCAUCCUACAACAGAUUUAGAAAUUCCGAGUGUAUCUAUAUCAUUUUGCUUGGUCUAUGUUCCAGACCGAGGAGUUUAGUUGGUAUCCCUGAAGUUGCCUCUCGCCAUGAUGGAUCUGCUGCAGAUGGGGAGGGAAAGUCAGACCAGCCAAGAGAAGCAUGAGGGGUCCUGUCUCUCUCUUACUAAGUUUUGUUAAAAUGAAAAUUAAUUAAAAAUGAAAUAAUUCUAGCACCCUCCCUUUUUGAGGCCUGACACAUGCGUAUUAGCCGUGCUUAGAGAGAUCUGAGCAAAUUCAUCUAUGGGGGCCUGGUGAUAAUUCACCCCAGAGACACUGAGCAUAUUUGUUGAGGUUGAGGAUUUCACCCCAAAAGCCACAUUGAAGCGUUUUCAAGGGUGACAACGUGCAAAGGAGGCUGGGACUCAUCCUCUUUAGGAUGGAUGUUCUCUUGAGGACAGGUGAGGGGUUGGAUGGGGUGGGAGGUCUUGUUUCGGGUUUCUGUGGGGAAAGGGCUUGAACUUCCUUCCUUCCUGCUCCCCCCAGCAGAGUCACAUCCCCUCCUAGACCGAGUUUCCAGUCCAGGCACUGCAAAGCGGGUGGGAUCCUGGAACAGCCCCUUCAGACAACAGCUACCCAGGGAGCCAGUUUUUAAACAAGGGUUACAUUCUGCAAAUCGUGCCUAAAGCCAAAAUUGUGUAUAUUGGAUUCAAGGGCGAUUGGGUUGCCAAAGUCCUUCUUCCCCAGACACCCACCUCCUCUUUUGGGUUUUUAGAAUAUUUUUGGCAAGUGCGUAAAGCUGUAUGUGCACAAGUUAAAUGUGCGCAAGUUGCUGGCUUACUGGGCCUCCUGGUCUGCCCUUUCCACUCCAGGGGAGGCUGCCGUGGAGAAGGGAGAUGGGCCCUUUCCAACCUCAAGGGACCCUUUCAGGGCAGGAGGGAGAACUAGAAAGGAGCUCUGUCUUUCCCAGGGCUGUUGGCUUUGUUCACUAACUAUUGGGCUGAAAAGUCCCAGAGAACAGAGAGCAGCGAGUCCAGCAUUUCUUCCCCCUCAAGGGGGGAACCAGGAUCAGCUCCCUGGGACAAUAUUGGAACCACAAGUAGUGUUAGAGCUUUUCAAGAUAAUAAAUUAAUUUGUGCCUAGUCCUACCUCCCAAAGGAGUCUGCUUUGGCAAACAAAGGAUAAAACAUCUGAAAACAGUUCCACAGUAGACACUGACUGGGGAAGAUGCCAAGGCAGGUUGAGGAAUCCCAUUUAUUCACAGUUAUUUUUAAUUUAUGCAGAUGUGAGUUUCUGACUAGGUUGCCACUUGGGUCCCUGCUCCUCUGCUCUUAAAAAAUACAGGAUUCCUCCAGGCUCCCGUUGUGGAUGUCUCUCUGUUAACCCCAAUGCGGCCCUUUUGCAGAGGCUCCGGUGGUGAAGGUGACCAGGAAGGCAGACUAUGACGGCCUGGAGACCCUCGUUUGCCAAGUCCACGGCUUCUACCCCAAGGAGAUUGAGGCCAACUGGGUGAAGGACGGGGAGGUCUGGCAGGAGGGCACCCUCCGAGGAUUGGUCGCCCCCAACUCGGACGGGACCUACUAUCUCUUGCUCAGUGUCCAGAUCGACCCCGAGGAGAGGGAGCGCUUCCGGUGCCGCGUGGAGCAUGACAGCCUGGAGAAGCCUCUGGACGUGGCCUGGGAGAAGGAGCCUGGUGAGAGACAGAGAGACAGACAGACAGACAGGAGGGGAAGGGGUGGGCUCUGGGAGGGGGAUUUCCACCCAGCUCCUCCCUUCAGCAGCAGCACAGCUCAGAUGGGGAACCCCAGUUGGAUCCUGUCUGUGUCUCUGGAGGGAAGCAGCUGAAUCGGAAUCUGUAGAUUUCGACAGAGAUGCAGCCUUUUCUGGCAAGUGUCUCAUAGGCCUUAAACUCAAAUUGGUUUUUGUAGGUAAAUACUAGCCGUCACCUUUUUGCCUUUAAGCCCAAGUAGUUGUGAUGUCACAGAAUGUGGGCAGAUAUUUUACUUCUUCAAAAUCAAAUGUGUCAGCAGAGUAUGUGGAAUAAAACUUUAUUAUGACACCCAUCUGUGGAAAGAGACCCCCCCUUUCCAAUUUCAUUUCUGUAGGUACUUGUGGUGACCUUGGGAGGAGAUGAGGGUUGUUUGGGAGGCAUUUUUGGUUAUCCUCCCUCUUGGGAUCUCCUUGCAUUUCACAAGCUCUGGUGUUAGGGUUGCCAUAUUUUGAUGAGCAGAAAAGAGGACACAUUUGGCAACUUCUACUUUUAACUUCGAAUUUGUAUGACGACUCUCAUUUUAAAUACCUCUGUUAUUUGUAGGCUAUAGAGGCUGUGAUAUAUUGCUAGUAGCAAUGUUCUUAACUUUCAAAAACAAAAUAACAAUAUUGUUAUUUAUUUAUUUAUUUAUUUAUUUGCUUUAAUUAAUUAUCCUCUAUUUAAAACCUGGGCAUUUUGCUUUAUUUUAAAAAUCUGUCUCGACAGAUAUUUUAAGUCUGAAAAAGGAGGGCAUGUUUAGGAAAAACUGGACAUAUGGCAACCCUACACAAGAUGCUUUUUCCUAAGGGUUUGUGCCUUCCCUGAAGGCCUGUAAUGCUGUGCUCUGGGGGGUCUCAGAGGGGAGGGAAUCCCUUCCUCUCAGGGUCAGGACAGAGAAGGCUGAAGCGCCUGAGCAGGAGGAGAUCUGCUUUUAAGUCUGGAGUCUGUGAUGAAACAGGUGUGCCUGUCUACUGUCUUCCUUAAAUGAAUUGAUUAUUUUGAAGACCUCUAAUGCUGGAUUCUGGUGGGGGGAAAACUCCCUUGUGUUGGGGCCACUACAGAGAGGACCUUGGCAUGUUAGGAGAGAGUUGAGGAAGAAAGAGUGCCAGGCUCAUAGCUCAGCACCUCCACUCAAAUCUCCUGCUUGAGGCCUUGGGGAGCUGCUGCCGCCAGUCUGAAUAAAAAUGUCUCUUGUCCCCUUUUAGUCAACCUGGGGCUCAUUGUGGGAGCCAUUGUGGGUGUCAUGGCUGCCAUCCUGCUGGUCUCUGGGACCAUCAUCUUCUUCAUCCGCAGUAAGUAAACCCUGGAUGCGUUUGCUGCCUCUCCUGUGUCCUUCUGUCUCGGCCUCCGACUGGGAAUGUCCUGGUGGAGCUUCCUGGCAAUUGUCGCUGGCAUCCCUACAGAGACCCCUCCCCAUAAAGCACCCUUUGAACCAAAAGUAAUGCUGGCCAUUGUUUGCGCUCACUCUGUGCUCAGGAAAUUCAAUUUCCACCUGAUGUUUUUAUUUUAUUAUGUAUUUUGUGCAAUCAUUUUGUAUUUUUAUGUUGUGAACCGUCUUCCCAUCUUCAGAUGAAGGGCGGUAUACACAUUUAAUCAAUAAAUGAACAAAUAUUGAUCUGGGAGGACGCUGUAUUGAACUGAAUAGGACGUUCCUCUGAGUAGACAUUCCUAGAAUUGCAAUGUUAAAGUUCAUUAUCUCUUCCUCCCCCACCCCCCCUUCUCUGGGCAAAUUUGAGGAUUAGGGGUCUGCUGGGAGUGAAAUAAUCUGAAAAGGAAUGAGCGAAGGGACUGGAUAAUGUUUCCUUCCAGCCUCUUGGAAUUUGUCCACUGCCUGGUUUCCCCAUGUUGAUUUUCUAAUUUAAUUUUCUCAAUUUUUUCUAUUUCUUUGUAACCUGAGUUCCAUGAAAAGCUCACCUUCCUUGGAGGUGUUUGGAAGAAACAGCAGGAACAUCUGCUGGGAAGGUUUCAGCAUUGGAGAGCCAAAUAGCCGAAAUGGAUUUGAGUGGCCUCUGGAGGUCCCUUCCAGCUCUGACCUUCUGCUUUUGUCUCUACAGGGAAACAAAGCAAGAAAUUAGCCUACAAAGCAGCCUCAAGUGAGUGACUCCUCCCUUCUCUCUGUCUAUUUCCCCCCAAUAUGGAGCAGGAACAGGUUACAAACAGACUAAACUAAACCUGGUGGUGGCCUGGUCCUUAAGCCCAAGACCCUGAUGGAAAGCUUAAGCCUGUCUGUGGACAGCAAGGGGUCCCUCAGGGCCAGAAAAAGGCUGCAGAGAGACUGUCGGCUGAGGGAGGGGCUCCAAGAAGGAGCAGGAGGAAGAGCCGAGGGUGCGGGAGAGAGGGAUCUCUGGUGGUUUAAUCUACUAGAACCUGAAGCUAAUGAAUUGGUUGGUUGGCUCAAGUCUGUGGAUGUCAGGAACUCACCCCUCCUCAUUUGGCACCACUGCUCCCCCCCCCGCUUCUGCCUUUCUGCCCUCUUCCUUCCCAAAUCACACCCACCCCCGCUCUAGUCCCCCGCUGCCUCCAUGCCAGGCUGUGCCCAUCUCUCUUUGCCCUCCAGCACCUGCUUCUCCCUCUAAUGCCGUCCUUGAGCCCCCUUGCCUCUGGGCUGCCUGUCCCUGAACUCGUCUUAGGCGCCCCCCCCAUUGAGACUGAUUUGGGAUGGGGGUUGGAAGGAGGGAGGAGAAGGGCUGGGGGAUGGGAUCUCCCUCCCCAGGAUCCUGACUCCUGUGUUUCCUCCCUUUUGCAGCAAGCAGCCAGGAGUCCGACAGCUCUGCCAGUGGUAAGUGGGGGUGCAGGUGGGGGCAAAGUGGAGCUCUGGCAGAAGACUCCAUGGGGAACAUCCUCAAAUGGGGAAAAGCUUCCCCUGUUACCCACCUUGGGGUUUCCAAGAGUGACAUCUAGAGGGUCCAUUGAGCUGAAAAAAGCUCUUGUGGCACAUUCUGUCUGUCCAUCUAAGCUCCACAGAGGAUCCCCUCUACCUGACAAAUGGGUUCUACACAGGAUCUGAAUGACAGAUAGUCACAUUUUGGGGUCUGGAAAAGGAUUUCUCCUUCCGGUAUUCCCCCAAAGAGUGCAGCUUGGCUCACUUGCUGGAGCUGCCCUCUGCAGGCAUUUGCUCUGCAGGCCCAUUUUGGUGGUACUCCUGGCAUAUCUCAGGUCUGAUUUGACAUGAUGAGGGAUGGUGGCUUCCCUUGGGAAGCUGGACUAGAUGGCCUUUGGGUUCCCACUAGCUCUGUAAUGCUGAUGCCCCCACACCAUGAUGUUGGCUUAACUUUGAAACACUCUUGUUGUUUAUUUUUCCACAGUUUUGCUCAGAGCUCCUGCUGUCCUUUAAUGCUGUUUAUGAUGCUCAUUAAUCCUGGCUCUCACUCAUCUAUUCUGACUCCAUCUGUAACUUGAAUUUGAGGAUAAUCAUGUUUUUCUGAUGGAUUUUGGCUAAUUUUGCUUUGUAGCUGAUUUUCAGAAAUGUGUUUGUAUUCAUCAGAAAUGUGCUGGAUAUACACAACUAAAAGCUUUAAAAAGGGGUGGGGAGAUUGAGCAGUGAUUUUGAUGGUUUCUCUUGGUUUUUUGUUGCUGUGGUUCCCUCCACAAGCCCUUCCCCAAUCUUGUGUCACUCACUUUCCAUCCAAAUUGAAGGAAAGGCAACAUCUGAGAACUGCUUUAGGUGUAUUAUGCAUGAAAUAGGCUAAAUUGUUACUGCCGACCUGCUUCUUGGGCCGCCCAGCCUUUGGCUAAGCGGAUGUAAUGUCAUGGAAUGUAUAAAAGCAGCCUAACUGCUCUGGCUGAGUGUUUUCAACCCACCUUCUGUGUGAGGAAGUGAAGAAACUGGCAGUGAGGGAUGGUUGGCAAGGAGGAGGGAUGCUUAGAUGCUCAGGUGUUGAAGCUGAAAGAGAGAAGGAACAGAGUGGCUGAAGAGAGAGGCGACUUUCCUACAGGAGAUGAGAGGGAUUCUUGCUUCAGAUUCUGCUGACAGCCAAGGAUGAAGCCAGCAAGGAGAAGACGCAGAUCAGGAGCUUCAUGGCCAGAGUUUGAUCUGAAAUAAGCAGCCCCUUCUUUUGGGCUGUAGGCCUCCAGUUCAUGAGACUUGUUGCCUGGUCCCCACAGCCUUCUAGGAAGGGUGACCCACUGGGAGUGGGGCCACAUGAACUCUUCCAAGUAAACUAGUUUUGUUGCCUUCAAUUUGCCUAAUUUUUAUCUCAUACAUUCUUGCUUUUCCACCUGUGGCCCUUGAGGAACAUACUCCGUCCAUCUGUGGUUCCCACCAUAUGAUUCCCUCCAUCUUCCUUCCCUUCUCAUAGGCCGGCAUUACUUAAGGAGACUCUCUCAUAGAAAUAAGAAUGCAAUAACUCUCUUAAACCUCCAGGGGCUGCAGGACUCUUCUUGCCUAACCCAAUGGAUUUGCUGCAGCUUAUUUUGAAGACACUGGAUGUACCGUAUUUUUCGCCCCAUAGGGCGCACCGGCCCAUAGGGCGCACCUAGUUUUUUUUGGGGGGGGGGAAAUAAAGAAAAAAAAAUUCUUUCCCCCCCAGGCGCGGGGUCUCCCCAGGCUUGCGGAUAUCUGCCCGAUAUCUGUUCAGCGCGCCCCAGGCUUCGGGAUGCAGGCAGCUCUCUGCAAGCCGUGGGAGCCCGGCGCGACUUCCCACCGGGCUCCUACGGCUUGCGGAGAGCUGCCCAAAGCCCGGGGCGCACUCCACUGCGCUCCCCAGGUUUUGGGCUGCAGGCUGCUGUCCGCAAGCCUUGGGAGCCCGGUGCGACUUCCCGCCGGGCUCCCUAGGCUUGUGGAUAGCUUUCUGAAGCCUGGAGAGCGAGAGGGGGCAGUGCGCACCGACCCCUCUCGCUCUCCAAGCUUCAGCGAAAGCCUGCAUUCGCCCCAUAGGACGCACACAGAUUUCCCCUUCAUUUUUGGAGGGGAAAAAGUGCAUCCUAUAGGGCGAAAAAUACGGUAAUUGUUAUUAUUUUUUCCAGAAGGUAGCCCUGUUUAAGGAAAUUUUUAAUGUUUGAAGUUUUACUCUGUUAUUAAUGGAAACCCAGCCAGAUGGGCAGAGUAUAAAUAAUAAAAUUAUAAUUUUUAAUAUCCAUUUUUAUGAAAUAAAUAAGUGUGCACCCCCUUCGUCUUUAGUGGUUCUUCUUAUCACAGGAGUUCCAGAGAUCAACAUCUCCUGAGAAUAUUCACAGACUCUGGCAGGGAGGUGCCAAUAAUUGGUCUUCUGUUGCAAAGUGAGUGAAGAACUAGAGUCCAAAGUGAGAUGGGGACAGAAUCUGUGGUUUUGCAGGGGUGGGAUUAAGUUACAUGAGGCCAAGCGUGUCUGAAGUCAGUGCCCGGGUGGGGGACCACCUGGAUGCUGCUUUUGGUUCCAGGUUGGAAGAAAGGAUGGUUGGGGCGAAUAUAAUAAAAGAAAUAUAUAGAUAUCUGAUCUGGGGCAGAGUGUGGUGGGAAAUGACCAAGGCAGGGUUCCCCCAAAAGUCCGCAAUCCCAGGAGGAAGUUCUCCCACUGAAAUGAAAAGAUGAUGCCCAAAAUAUUUAAUUUGUUUUACAUUUUUAUCCCACUCUUCCUCCCAAGGAGCUCAGGGCAUCAAACACCAAAAUGUUAAAACAAUACCAUUUAAAAUGAGCUAAUCUUUCUCCCACUGCCCUGGAUGUGAAUCUUCCCUCGCUGCUUCUUCCCUGGUGGGGAGUGGGAUGCCAUUUGGGGCCUGCCUCAUGUGUCAAAAUGUGUUGGGCUGGCCUUGGUGUGUGAGUUAUGCUACGUACAAUGGGACUUCACGGAAAACACAACUUAAGGCAAUAGUGGAGCACUGCAAAAUCAUUUGUGUGUGAACAUCUAGGAAACACAUGGAGAACUGCACUGAUGAUUGCAAAACACUCCUAAUUAUUAUUCCUGUACCAUUAUAAUUUUAUUGUAUAAUCUUAGAAGGUUGUAGACUGAGACGUAUGUUAACAUUUGAGCAGCUCCUCCAUUGGUGUGGGGGUCGGUGCCCACCUUGAAAACGCCUCCGUGGAGAGGGGAUCAAUUUUUUUAAAAAAAUCAUUUGCAUUUUCAUAAACAGGAACAGAGAGCAUAUUGAACCCCUCUCUCCUUCCCUCGUCCCACUUACAACUUCAUACCAAAUACAGCAUGUAUACAUAUACCAUAUGACUUUCCUUCCAGACUUUUCCUGGUUCCUUUGCUUUUCUACUACUCUGCGUAAUCCACAUCUUUUUAAUCAUCCAAUUUGUUAUCUAUUAAAAUACUCCCAUCCAUUUCAACUGCUGGAUUUAUACGAGCCCUGCUAAGCUAUGUCUUUCUCUAGACUGGUUCUUGAAAUAUUCACUAGGCAUUAUCCAUUCCUCCUUAUAUUCCUUAUAUCUGUUUUCUCUUAUCCUGUUCGUCAGACCAGCCAGUUCAGUAUUCAAACAUUUUACACUGCCAUUCUUCCUGAGUGGGUGCUAUUCUUGUUCUCCACCUUUGUGCCAAUAAGGUUCUAACUGCGGCAGAGGCGCAUAGUAAUAAACUUUUGUUUUUGGGGGACCUCUGUUGUUACCAUCCCCAAAAGGAAACUCUCAGGUGUUUCUUUUAAAAUUCAUUUUAUAUCGUUUCCCAAUAUCCCUUAAUUGUUUUACACGACCAACACAUGUGAAUAAAAGAUCCCUCAAUUUCAUUACACUUCCAAUAUAUUCCUUUUUCUUCUUUAGACAUUUCUUUCAUUCUGGUGGGUGUUAUAUACCAUCUGUGGGCCAUUUUCAUAUACAAUUUUUUAUUGCAUAACUUGCCGUAAAAUUCAUAAUUGUUUUCCACAACUUUCCCCAUAAUUCAUGAUCAAUAUUGUGACUCACAUCCUGUGCCCACUAAAUUUCACAAAUUCCUCUUUGUGAAAUUUCUUUGUGAAUUUCACAAAUUCUUCUUUCGUUUCCCACUCCAACAUCAGUUUGUACAUUUUUGAUAAUACUUUUAUAUUUGUAUCUAAUAGGUCUUUGGUAAACUGAGACUUUUGUUCUGCAAAGCCAUUUUUCCUACCUAUCUUAAACUAUUCAUUAAUGUGAUGUACCUGUAGCUAAUUGGUAACGAGAUUUCUUAAUUCUUCAGGAUUUCUCAGUUUUUGUUCCUGUCCUGUAAGAUCUAAAAUUUCACUGUAAGUUAACCAGUGCUUAUCCAUAUUCAUUCUUUUCCUGGUUGUAGCUUCCACUGGGGAUAUCCACAGUGGUGCUUUUCUUUCUAAUAAGUUUUUAUACGUUCCCCAUACUCUGAAUAGGUUUUUUCUGAUUACGUGAUUUGUAAAACUUUUAUAUAUUUCCGCUUUUCCACACCAUAGGUAGGCAUACACUCACUUGCACCGAUUCCAAAGCUGUGACAUAUGUGGGAACCUUGACUUUUUUUUGCAACCCAUGACUUGCUUCAACUGGUCCCUUGAAGGAUUUCCUAGAAAUCACCUGAUUUCCAUUUCAGCCAGGGAAGAAAGCAGCCGGCAGGGGGCAGCGGAGGAUCGCAAAAAGGGGAAAACGAGAAAAGACAACUAGGGACUGUGGAGAAAUGGGUGAGGGUGUCUUGUGGCAGAGAGAGAGUGUGAGGGCAGGAAUCCAUCCUGGAAACAAACACACCCCAGUGUUAAUGAAGGAUGAGUACUUUCUCAGCAAAAUCUGCCUCCAUUCUUCAAUUCCUGUGAGAAAUGUCAGUCAAGCAGCCUGAGAUGCAGUCACUUGAGAUUCCUUUGGUAGCUUGGUAUGCUAACGAAAUUUAGAUUAUUGUAACUCACCAAAGACUGUUUACUGCACCCUCAGCUAUUCUUCUUAUAAGUAAAAGUGAAAACAAACAUUUAAAAUAAAAAGGCCUUGUUCUGGGAACUGCCCUGGGACUUUCCCAGCUGACUCACAGGUUGCUGAGGGAGGCAGGAGGGGACAAAGUCUCCUGGGAAACAAUCCAGUUUGGAACGGAGAAACACACCAAGGACGUUUUUAUGCCAUCAUCUAUUUGCUAGACUCCAUAUUCUGUUUCCACACAAUACCAAGAAGGGGACAAACAUAAUGUCAGGAGAGAUGUCCCUGCAGGCCUGGUCUUGAGAGGUGGAGAAGCCUACAAGGAUCCAGUGUGGGGCUGUGGUUUGACUGGGAUAUGGGAGCCUGGGAGUCCUGGGUUCAAAUCCCCACACAGCCAUGAAGCUCCCUCAGGGACCUGGGGCCUGUCAGGGCCGUUAUGAGGAGAACAUGAAUGCCACCUGGAUAGAAAUAUUCAUUUCUGAAGGUACAGUCAGCUAGAGAGGAAGAUGCCUUUUGCCUGCCAGAAAGAGGACCCAGGAGUCCUGGCUCCUGCCGAGUCUCCUCCCAAAGGGGACCCAGGAGUCCUGGCCACUUGGCCUUGAGGAAGAGAGCUGUGGGGGCUCAGGGUUUUGUCCUUCAUGCUGAGGGAGACGGGUCUUUCCAAGGCUGGAGGGGGCCCAGGCCAGGCCAAGAGGGAUAAAUGCCAAAGGUCUCCCCAUCUGGGCGCUGAGGGACAUCGUGGGGAGAAAGAAAACGUCUUCCCCUGAGCGACAUUUCUGCCUGCCGAUCUCCCAGUCAGGCAACCUGAUCUGUGGCCUGCUGUGGCUUUCGGUUUCUGCCUUGCUUGGCUGCUCUCCCUUGCACCAAAGGUCUCCUCUGCAGGAAGGGAAGCGGGGAGGCUGAGGCAGCCCCACCCGGCCUGCUUGUUGGGCAUGGAAGCCAUUUUGUGGAGGGCUGGCAGUGAAGCAGAAAGGGAGGGGAAAUGGCUGCCUCCUUCCUGGAAGGGCUGCCUCAAGCAGCUGCUUUGUUAUUUGUUCAUCUUCAUGCCACCAUUUCCCUAACUUGAUUCAAGGGUGGUUUAAAGCCACAUAACAAAGCUAUCCAGCAGGAAAACAGAGCUACAGGCAAUGUCUAAAGUCCUGAAAACUUUUUAGAAAGUCUGUGAAGAAGGAAACAUUUUCCUCCUGGCCGUUAGUUGUUGUCGCCCACUGCACCUCCAUGAAGAAGGGAAAGGAGAGGGAGAAAAGCCUCCACAGAGGAGAGCAGGGGAGGAGAAGGCGCCUCAAGCCACCGAGGACUUUCUAAAACAAGACUAGCACUUUGAAUUGAACUCAGAACCAGACAAACAGGCAGAGGGUCUUUUGGCCCUGGUGAGGUCUAAAUGAGCUGCAGCAGUGAAAAUCCUGUCAGGUUUAUCUUGUAGCAGCUGAAGCUUCCCUACUGUAUUGGGAAAAACAACAUGUUACAAUAAUCCUGUCAGGAGGUGAGCAGAAUAUGGAUCCUUGUGGGCAGACUAUCCCUGUCCAGAAAAACUAGAUGGAGCAGGUGAAAAGUGAAGCAUAAGACGUCCCUGAGGUGACUGAGCCCAUCGAGUCCCAAAAGUGGGUCCUGGAGAGCCCCCCUCAAAACAGCCAGCCUCCUUCUUCACAGGGGCUUAUCUUGCAACCCUGAAUUGUCGCUGUGAAUAAUGGCCGAGAAGAGAACGGACUCUGAGAGAGUCGCUUUGACUGGGGAAACAAGAAGAAGAGCCUGGCUGGAUCCGGCCAAAGGUCCCUUGAGUCCAGCCUUUGGUCCUCACAAUCAUAGAAUCAUAGAGUUGGAAGAGACCCCAAGGGCCAUCGAGUCCAACCCCCGGCCAAGCAGGAAACACCAUCAGAGCACUCCUGACAUAUGGUUGUCAAGCCUCUGCUUAAAGACCUCCAAAGAAGGAGACUCCACCACACUCCUUGGCAGCAAAUUCCACUGUCGAACAGCUCUUACUGUCAGGAAGUUCUUCCUAAUGUUUAGGUGGAAACUUCUUUCUUGUAGUUUGGAUCCAUUGCUCCGUGUCCGCUUCUCUGGAGCAGCAGAAAACAACCUUUCUCCCUCCUCUAUGUGACAUCCUUUUAUAUAUUUGAACAUGGCUAUCAUAUCACCCCUUAACCUCCUCUUCUCCAGGCUAAACAUGCCCAGCUCCCUUAGCCGUUCCUCAUAAGGCAUCGUUUCCAGGCCUUUGACCAUUUUGGUUGCCCUCCUCUGGACACGUUCCAGUUUGUCAGUGUCCUUCUUGAACUGUGGUGCCCAGAACUGGACACAGUACUCCAGGUGAGGUCUGACCAGAGCAGAAUACAGUGGCACUAUUACUUCCCUUGAUCUAGAUGCUAUACUCCUAUUGAUGCAGCCCAGAAUUGCAUUGGCUUUUUUAGCUGCCGCGUCACACUGUUGGCUCAUGUCAAGUUUGUGGUCAACCAAGACUCCUAGAUCCUUUUCACAUGUACUGCUCUCAAGCCAGGUGUCACACAUCUUGUAUUUGUGCCUCUCAUUUUUUUUGCCCAAGUGCAAUACUUUACAUUUCUCCCUGUUAAAAUUCAUCUUGUUUGUUUUGGCCCAGUUCUCUAAUCUGUCAAGGUCGUUUUGAAGUGUGAUCCUGUCCUCUGGGGUGUUAGCCACCCCUCCCAGUUUGGUGUCAUCUGCAAAUUUGAUCAGGAUGCCCUUGAGUCCAUCAUCCAAGUCGUUGAUAAAAUGUUGAAUAAGACCGGGCCCAAGACAGAACCCUGUGGCACCCCACUAGUCACUCUUCUCCAGGAUGAAGAGGAACCAUUGAUGAGCACCCUUUGGGUUCAGUCAGUCAGCCAGUUACAAAUCCACUGAGUGGUAGCAUAGUCAAGACCGCAUUUUACCAGCUUCUUUACAAGAAUAUCAUGGGGCACCUUGUCAAAUGCCUUGCUGAAAUCAAGGUAGGCUACAUCCACUGCGUUCCCUUCAUCUACCAGGCUUGUAAUUCUGUCAAAAACGAGAUCAGGUUAGUCUGACAUGACUUAUUUUUCAGAAAUCCAUGCUGACUAUUGGUGAUCACAGCAUUCCUUUCUAGGUGCUCACAGACUGUUUGCUUAAUGAUCUGCUCCAGAAUCUUCCCUGGUAUUGAUGUCCGACUGACUGGGCGGUAAUUAUUUGGGUCCUCUCUUUUCCCUUUUUGAAAAUAGGGACAACAUUUGCCCUCCUCCAGUCUGCCGGGACUUCGCCUGUUCUCCAGGAAUUCUCAAAGAUGACUGCCAGUGGUUCUGAGAUCACAUCUGCCAGUUCUUUUAAUACAGUGGUGCCUCGCAAGACGAAAUUAAUUCGUUCCGCGAGUUUUUUCGUCUAGCGAAUUUUUCGUCUUGCGAAGCACGGUUUCCCAUAGGAAUGCAUUGAAAUUCAAUUAAUGCGUUCCUAUGGUCAAAAAGUCCAAACAAAGCCAAAUUUGGUACAACAAGAGUUUAUUAACUGCUCUUUAAAGUCACACAUACUUUAAAGAGCAUAUCAAAAAUUGAAGGAACAAUAAAUUAAGUUUCUAAACAUGACAGGAAAAACAUUUAAAAAUCAAAAAGGGUACAUUACAUUUUCUAAGACUCUGGGGACCACUCGAAUAAGGUUCCUCUUCCACUCUUUGCUUCUUGCUGAGGAACCUGUCCAUGGUCUGCUGCUUCAUCCGCCUUUUCAGCAGCUCCCUGAGAGGCAACAUGACCGUUGUAUCAAAAGUGUUCGCUUGGUCAUGUGCCACGUGCUUGAUAGGGUGGUGCCGCUCUGCAAAGCCUGCACCUCCUUCCACUUCUGGCAAAUGUCCCUCAGUUCUUUGGAGGACGGCCGUCCUCAGUUGCUUCCUCCUCUUCCAGCGAGGCCUGCUCCUGCGCAACCUCUGACUGCAGUUCAACCAGCUCCUGGGUGGUCAGCUCGUGGUCGUGCUCCUCCACCAGCUCGCAGACAUCCUCCUCUGUGACCUCCAGGCCCAUGGUCCUCCCCAAGGCAACAAUGUCCUGCACCACUGUUGACUCUGGUGCAUCAGAGUCACUUGGUGCCACACAGUCCGGCCACAGGCUGCGCCAAGCGCAAUUCAAAUUUCUCUGGCUGAUCCCGUUCCAGGCCGUGGUGAUCAUCUUCAAGCAGGUGACGAUGUCGAAGUGGUCCUUCCAGAAUUCCCGCAGGGUGAUGGUGGUGCAAUCAGUCACCUCGAAGCAUCGCCUGAAAAGCUCCUUGGUGUAGAGUUUUGUUAUGUACUGAGUUGAAUAGGAUCCAAACUGCAGCAGUCUGAUUGGUCCUAGAACAAUAGGAUCCAAAAGGCAGCAGUCUGAUUGGGACUAGAACAAUGCAGCAGUAUGAUUGGUUGGCAGGAACCACCCAAUCCUGCUCCAGAUAGAAGUGAAUCCACAACCUGAUUGGCUUACAGUAGAAUUCCAGAAUUAACCAAUCAUGUGCAGCCCAUUGUGUAAAUAAUGUAUAUAAAGCAGAUACUGUGAGGGGACAUUCAUUCAUUCCUCCUCACCACUAUGAGCUGAAUAAAGAGCAUGAAAUCACUUUGCGACUCUGAGUAUAUUGCACUGGCGACGAAGGUGGGAUCCCGCUGAGCUGACUGCCACACACAGCACCGCAGCACCGCCACCUGCCGCACCGCUGCCUCGCACCGUGUAUCCAGGCUUCAGCUCCGGGACACAAGGAACUCAGAAUGGCAGCCAACAGCAGCUUCUCGCCAUUCAACCCAGCAUCUGGAGACUGGGAAGCGUACGCCUCCCGUUUCACCUUCCUCCUAGAAGCCAAAGGGGUCACUGACGAAGAAGACGCCAAGAAGAGGGCGAUAUUCUUCAGCGUCUGCGGAGAGGAGACGUUUGAAAUCGCCCGGGCUCUCCUUGCGCCUGAAGACGUCGCUACUGUUCCAUACAAAACAAUAAUGGAACAGCUGAAGGGGCACUUUCGCCGCAGCCCUCAGUGGUGGCUCGUCGAAAUGCCUUCUACGCAAAGCGGCAAGCCCCUGGGGAAACCAUAACUGGGUUUGUGACCUCCCUCCGCCAAGCCGCCCGGUUCUGCAACUUCUCAGAGCUGGAGAACAUGCUUCGUGACCGCCUCGUCGGUGGCCUGAAGGAUGAGAAGCUGCAACGACGCCUCUACGCUAAGAAGGACCUAACGUUCCAGGUCGCUCUGGAGGAGGCCCUGGCAACAGAAGCUGCCGAGAGGUCGACCCAAGAGGCACGGCCGAGCCUGCCAUCCCAACCGAGGGUCCACCACGAAGACCUCACCGACGACUCAAGAUCCGACAGGGAGGAGGUGCACCGAGUACAGCAGCGCACUCAAGCAGCGCACAGACCACAGCUGCCUCGACGAGAAGGAGGGAACUGCGCAAGCUGCGGGGAGAGUCACGAGAGGAGGACCUGCCGUUUCCGCAACGCAGAGUGCAGGCAGUGCAGAAAAUCGGGACACAUCGCCCGGGUGUGUCGGGCUCGGCCCACCCGACACCAGGCAUCAGAUGACCAAUCCAAGAGCCCCAGGUCCCGGGGCCCAACGCACCAAGGCAACUCGACGGAGCUCACGGACUUCCAGGUAUACCAGUUGCCCCACCCCAACGUAGAGAAAAUUUAUGUAGAGGUACAGAUAGAGGGGGCCCCUUGCCGCAUGGAGCUUGACACGGGUUCAACUCUAUCCAUAAUCUCGGCAAGGACCUUAAGGAAACUGUGUCCUACUGGGGGUCCCAAACUCAGGCCGGCCCCAUUCACCCUCCGGGACUUCCAGAAACGUAAGGUCCCCACAAUGGGGGUGGGGACCUUCAGGGUGCAAUACCGAGGGCGGACGCGGCAACUGGACUUGCUUGUGGUCAAGGGCCCCUACAUUAGCUUACUGGGAUUGGCAUGGUUUGGACCACUGGGGCUAGCUGUCACCGGGGUGAACCACACUAGCUUACAAGUGGACGUGGACGCCAUAUGCAAGGAAUUUCCAGGGGUUUUCGAUGGGAAAUUGGGACAGUAUACGGGCCCCCCCAUUGCGCUACAGCUUGACCCCGCAGUACGACCGGUCAGGCUCAAGGCCCGCCGGGUCCCGUUCGCCUUGAAACCCCGUAUAGACGAGGAAUUGGACCGACUCGUGGAGCAAGGAGUGCUGGAGCCGGUGCCUAAUGCCCCCUGGGAAACCCCAAUCGUCACACCCGUCAAGCCUAAUGGUUCGGUCCGCAUCUGCGCAGACUACAAAUGUACCAUAAACAAGGCCCUCACGGCCCACGCAUACCCAGUGCCAGUGGUCAGCCAUGUCCUUGCCACCCUGGCUGGGUCGAAAAUUUUUGGCAAGCUGGACUUGGCCCAAGCAUAUCAACAGCUGCCAGUAGAUGAGGCCACAGCAGAGGCACAGACGAUUGUGACGCACAGAGGAGCGUUCAGGGUAAAGCGGCUGCAAUUCGGUGUCAGCGUGGCACCAGGCAUAUUCCAGAAUCUAAUGGACUCUCUCCUUAAAGGGAUUCCUGGCGUCACCCCUUCUUCGAUGAUGUGUUGAUUGCCGGGCCCACACCAGAGGAGUUUGAGGACCGCCUCCGCACCGUUCUGCACCGUUUCCAGACGGCGGGUCUCAAGGUGAAGCGGGAAAAAUGUCUACUAGGAGUGCCUCAGGUGGACUUUCUGGGAUUUAUGGUGGACGCAGAAGGGGUCCACCCGACUGGGGACAAGGUACGGGCCAUUUGUGAUGCCCCAGCACCCAAGAGCAAGACUGAACUUCAGGCCUUCUUGGGACUAUUGAACUUUUACCAUUCCUUCCUUCCCCACAAGGCGGCGGUAGCGGAGCCCCUACACAGACUCCUGGACAAGCGGGCCCCUUGGGUGUGGGGCCAGCGCCAGGAGGCCGCAUUCCAGGCAGUCAAGGACUUGCUUGUCUCAAACUCGGUCUUGGCACACUUCGACGAGAGGCUGCCGGUGGUGCUAGCAUGCGACGCCUCACCCUAUGGCAUUGGAGCUGUCCUGGGGCACCAACUCCCGGAUGGAAGAGAGGUACCGGUGGCGUACUUUUCCCAGACACUCAACACAACCGAGCGGAACUACUCGCAAAUCGACAAGGAGGGUCUGGCAAUCGUAAAGGGAGUAAAAAAAUUCCAUGAUUUCUUGUACGGGCGGCCCUUCACCGUGGUGACUGACCACAAGCCGUUGCUUGGCUUGUUUGCCCCCGAAAAGCAGACCCCCCAAGUGCUGUCUCCUCGCGUCCUCAGGUGGUCAAUUUUCCUUGCCAGCUACCAGUAUGCACUGAUUCACCGACCUGGGAAGGCGAUGGGCCAUGCGGACGCCCUCAGCAGGCUACCACUACCGGAAACAGGCCCUGACCCAGCACCUGCACAAGAGGUUAUGAGCCUGGAGCUGCUUCCCGACCGCCCCAUUCAGGCACAAGAAGUUGCACACCAUUCCAAGAAAGAUAGGGUCAUCUCCCGGGUCCUGGACUGGGUGUGGAGGGGAUGGCCCAGCAGCAGCCCCGGGCCAGAAUUCGCCGGCUACACAACCCGCAAACAUGAACUGUCAGCCCACAAGGGGUGCCUGUUAUGGGGAAGCAGAGUCGUUGUUCCCCAGCCCCUCCACAAAAGGGUCCUCACAGCCCUACACGAGACACAUCCAGGGGUAGUAAGAAUGAAGGCCCUUGCCAGGAGUUAUGUGUGGUGGCCGGGGAUCGAUGGAGAGAUAGAGGCCUGGGUCAAACACUGCCAGGCCUGCCAAGAAUCCCGCCCAGAUCCCAAGGGCCCCAGUCCAGUCCUGGGAGUCCGCCCGAGCACCAUGGUCACGCCUGCAUGUGGAUUUCGCUGGCCCCUUUCAGGGGAAAACAUUCUUCAUAGUGGUGGACUCCUACACCAAAUGGCUGGAAGUCGCACUGGUACCGUCCACUUCCACGUCCGCAGCCAUCCGGGUACUACGCAGGCUGUUUGCAACCCACGGGCUCCCUGACACUCUCGUCUCAGACAACGGGACUGCAUUUACGUCAGGAGAAUUCCAAACCUUCACAGCGCAGAACGCCAUCCGCCACAUCCGUUCGGCACCGUUCCACCCUGCCACCAAUGGCCAAGCAGAACGCAUGGUGCGGACCACCAAGGACACCCUUCGCCGCAUGACGCAAGGGGACUGGGAGUACCGCCUUGCCACAUUCCUUCUAGCACAGCACAGCACCCCCAGCUCAACGACUGGCCGGAGCCCCGCUGAACUACUAAUGGGUCGGCGCCUUGCAAUCAGAUUGGACCGCCUUCACCCCGAUAGAGCUCAGGAUGAGGUAGUGGUGGGGAAGGCAGGAACCCCGGACCUUCGAGGCCCAGGACCCAGUGUACGCAAAGAAUUUUGGGGCAGGCCCAGCAUGGGUACCCGCCACAGUCACCAGGGUCACUGGCCCCGUGUCGUACGAGGUGCUAACGGAUGGGGGCAAUGCUGGCGCCGCCACUGCGACCAGAUACGGCGACGAUUCCCGGGAGAAAACCAGGAGGAGGACAGGUCAGAGGAGUCCCAAGGGAACAGCGGGGCAGUGAGGCCCAUAGAGCAGGAAGGGCCAGCAGGAGAGGCAGAAUCAGUAAAUGCAGAGAGGACCCGUGAGGCCGAAAGGACACCGGAACCAGAACCACGACUGAGCGAGCCGGUUGCACCAGAUCAAACAGCCCCAUCACAGCCAGCAUCCUUGGUACACGAGCCAGAACCUGGAGCCCGGACCAGGGAACACCCCAGGCCACAACGCACACGUAGGCUGCCGGCAUACCUUGAGGACUAUGAAUGCGACCUCCCGGGCAGGACUGGAACUUAGAGGGAGGGGUGUUAUGUACUGAGUUGAAUAGGAUCCAAACUGCAGCAGUCUGAUUGGUCCUAGAACAAUAGGAUCCAAAAGGCAGCAGUCUGAUUGGGACUAGAACAAUGCAGCAGUAUGAUUGGUUGGCAGGAACCACCCAAUCCUGCUCCAGAUAGAAGUGAAUCCACAACCUGAUUGGCUUACAGUAGAAUUCCAGAAUUAACCAAUCAUGUGCAGCCCAUUGUGUAAAUAAUGUAUAUAAAGCAGAUACUGUGAGGGGACAUUCAUUCAUUCCUCCUCACCACUAUGAGCUGAAUAAAGAGCAUGAAAUCACUUUGCGACUCUGAGUAUAUUGCAAGUUUCUUGAAAUUGGCGAUGACCUGCUGAUCCAUCGGCUGGAGCAGUGGCGUGGUGUUAGGCGGCAGGAACAUGAUGUUGAUGAAGCUGAACUCCUCCAACAAGUCCACCUCAAGGCCUUUAGGAUGAGCAGGAGCAUUGUCCAUCAGAAGCAAAGCCUUCAGCGGCAGGUCAUUGUCCAGCAGGUACUAUUUGACAGCAGGGCCAAAAGCAAGAUUGACCCAGUCCACAAACAGCACACGUGUGACCCAAGCCUUGCUGUUGGAUCGCCACAUGACACUCAGCCGCUCCUUGUCGACCUUGUGUUUCUUGAAGGCCCGUGGGUUCUCCGAGUGGUACACCAGCAGGGGCUUGAUCUUCAGGUUGCCGCUUGCGUUGGCACAGAAGAGCAGGGUCAGACGGUCCUUCAUGGGCUUGUGGCCAGGCAACUUGGCCUCCUCCUGUGUGAGGAAAGUCCUUUUGGGCAUCCUCUUCCAAAACAGCCCGGUCUCGUCGCAGUUGAAGACCUGCUGUGGAACGUAGCCCUCCGUCUUCACAACCUCCAGGAACUCCAAGGCAAAGUCUUCAGCCGCAGGAACAUCAGAACUGGCAGCCUCUCCAUGCCUGACCACGCUGUGGAUUCCAGAUCUUGCCUUGAACCGGUCAAACCAGCCUCUGCUUGCCUUGAAGACUUCUGGCUCGGCCGAGUUCCUGGCUGUUCCCGGAUGAGGUCUGCGUGCAAGGCCUUGGCCUUCUCACAAAUGACGGCCUCAGUCACUGUGUCCCCUGCACGCUGCUUCUCUUCUAACCAGAUGAGCAGCAACUUCUCGACCUCCUCCAGAACAGCUGGGCGGUUCUUCACGAUCCUGGUGACUCCCUUGGCUGCAUCAGUCGCAAGGAUCUUCUCCCUCAUCUUCAGGAUGGUCCCGAUGGUCGAUGGGUUCCUGCCGUACUCCCUGGCGAGGUCCGUCACACGCAUUCCACCGUCGUGCUUCCGGAUGAUCUCCUUCUUCAUCUCCAGCGUCACCUUCUCCUUCUUCCUCUCGCCGGCCUCCGCAGCAGCAGCAGUCUUAUUGGGUCCCAUGGCAGCACAGCUGUUACCUUUGUAAACUCAGAAAAAGAAAAAAAAAAUCAGCAAUUCAAACCCAGAACCAAGUCCUUGAAUUCCAAACACCCAACCCAAAAUCCAAAAACCCAAAAAAGUUUUAAAAGUUUAACUUACGAAAUGGCUGCAAAUCACCAAAGUCUUCAAAAUCCUCAAAUGGCUGCAAAAGAAGUUUUGGGAUAGCUUUAAAAAUCACUAAAGUCUUCAAAAACCUCAACUGUUCCCCCAGCCCCGCCCCAACUGUUGCCAACCCCGCCCCAACUGUUGCAAACCCCACCCCAACUGUUGCAAACCCCUCCUCAACUGUUCCCCCAGCCACCCAGCACACAGAAAUUCAAAACCCAGAAAGUUUUUCAAAAAAAAACAACAUGGCCCAAUGGUCACAGAAAACCAUAAAAAUUCCAAAAAAAACCCCCACACAAGCUCCCAGAUUCCUGCAAACCCCUCCCCAGCUGUUCCCCCAGCCACCCAGCACACAGAAAUUCAAAACCCAGAAAAUUUUUCAAAAAACAACAACAUGGCCCAAUGGUCACAGAAAAUCAUAAAAAUGCAGAAAAAACCCACACAAGCUCCCAGAUUCCUGCAAACCCCUCCCCAGCUGUUCCCCCAUCCACCCAGCACACAGAAAUUCAAAACCCAGAAUUUUUUUUCAAAAAACAACAACAUGGCCCAAUGGUCACAGAAAACCAUAAAAAUUCAAAAAAAAAAAAACCCACACAAGCUCCCAGAUUCCUGCAAACCCCUCCCCAGCUGUUCCCCCAGCCACCCAGCACACAGAACUUCAAAACCCAGAAAAUUUUUCAAAAAACAACAACAUGGCCCAAUGGUCACAGAAAAUCAUAAAAAUGCAGGAAAAAACCACACAAGCUCCCAGAUUCCUGCAAACCCCUCCCCAGCUGUUCCCCCAUCCACCCAGCACACAGAAAUUCAAAACCCAGAAUUUUUUUUCAAAAAACAACAACAUGGCCCAAUGGUCACAGAAAAUCAUAAAAAUGCAGAAAAAAACCACACAAGCUCCCAGAUUCUUGCAAACCCCUCCCCAGCUGUUCCCCCAUCCACCCAGCACACAGAAAUUCAAAAAUUCAAAACCCAGAUUUUUUUUUAAAAAAAAUAAACAUGGCCCAAUGGUCACAGAAAAUCAUAAAAAUGCAGAAAAAAACACACAAGCUCCCAGAUUCUUGCAAACCCCUCCCCAGCUGUUCCCCCAUCCACCCAGCACACAGAAAUUCAAAAAUUCAAACCCAGAUUUUUUUUUUUUUAAAAUAAACAUGGCCCAAUGGUCACAGAAAAUCAUAAAAAUGCAGAAAAAAACCACACAAGCUCCCAGAUUCUUGCAAACCCCUCCCCAACACCAAGUCCUUGAAUUCUAAACACCCCAACCCAAAAUCCAAAAACCCCAAAAAGUUUUAAAAGUUUAACUUACCAAACAGCUGCAAAAGAAGUUUUGGAAAAGCUUCAAAAUCCAGCAAACUCUUUAAAAAGCUCAGAAAGGCCACCACACCGCGUGCAAUGUGUUGCUCCUCGAGGUCAAGUCGCAACUGCACCUCUUCCAGCAAUGCACCCUGGGUUUUAACGGUUUUACGAAAAAGGAAACAAACUUGCAAGACCUUUUCGUCUUGCGAAGCAAGCCCAUAGGGAAAUUCGUCUUGCGAAGCAACUCGAAAACGAAAAACCUUUCGUCUUGCGAGUUUUUCGUCUUGCGAGGCGUUCGUCUUGCAGGGCACCACUGUACUCUUGGAUGCAGUUCAUCUGGCCCUGGAGACUUGAAUACAUCUAAACUAGCCAAGUAUUCUUGUACUAUCUCCUUAGUUAUUCUGGGCUGUGUUUCCUCUGCUGAAUCAUUUGCUCCAAAUUCUUCAGGUCGGGCAUUGUUUUCUUUAUCGGAGAAGACUGAGGCAAAGAAGGCAUUGAGGAGUUCAGCCCUUUCUGUGUCCCCUGUUUGCAUUUCACCAUCUUCUCCUCUGAGUGACCCCACUGUUUCUUUGUUCUUCCUUUUGCUACGAACAUACCCAUAAAAGCCUUUUUUGUUGCUUUUAACCUCUCUAGCAAGCCUGAGUUCAUUCUGUGCUUUAGCUUUUCUGACUUUGUGUCUACACGUGCUGGCUAUUUCUUUGAAUUCCUCUUUGGUGGUUUCCCCCCUUUUCCAUUUUUUGUACAUAUCCUUUUUUAAUCUUAACUCAGUUAAAAGUUCUUUAGAUAGCCACCCUGGCUUCUUUAGGCACCUUCCAUGUUUCCGUCUCAUUGGUAUUGCCUGAAGUUGUGCUUUACUAUCUCCCUCUUAACAAACUCCCAGCCAUCAUGAACUCCCUUUCCUUUUAGUAUUACUGUCCAUGGGAUCUCACCCAGCACUUCCCUAAGUUUUAUGAAGUCGGCUUUCUUAAAGUCAAGAAAUUGAGUCCUAGUAUGUUUGGCUGCUCCUUUCCGCUGUAUAGUAAACUUCAGAAGAGCAUGAUCACUCGCGCCUAAUGAUCCUUCCACUUCUACCCCACUAACCAGGUCAUCAACAUUGGUUAGGACCAGAUCUAAAAUGGCUGUUCCUCUUGUUGCUUCUCCCACUUUCUGGACAAUGAAGUUGUCUGCAAGGCCAGUGAGGAAUCUGUUUGACCUUAUGCUCUUGGCUGAGUUUGACAUCCAACAAAUAUCCGGGUAAUUGAAGUCCCCCAUUACUACUAUCUCCCUUCCUUUUGCAUGCUUGGCCAUCUGUUCCAGGAAGGCAUCAUCUAUGUCCUCCGUUUGGCUUGGGGAUCUAUAGUAAACUCCCACAAUGAGGUCACUGUUAUUCUUCUCUCCCUUAAUUUUGACCCAAAUGCUCUCACUUUGGCUUUGAGGUUCUAAAUCUUGGAUCUCUUCACAGGUAUACACAUACCUGACAUAUAACGCCACUCCUCCACCUUUCUUGUCUGGUCUGUUUCUCUGAAAUACAUUGUAUCCCUCCAUUAUUACAUUCCAAUUGUGGGACUUAUCCCACCAGGUUUCAGUGAUGCCUAUUAUGUCAUAUUUAGUUUGCUGUAGCAAGAGCUCAAGCUCAUCUUGUUUAUUUCCCAUGCUUUGCGCAUUAGUGCUUUGCGCAAUGGCCGACUAGAUGAUGCCUCUCCUGGGAAUCCCAAAAACAGGCCCUGAGCGCCAGAGCCACACUCUGCUCUCCUCCUGGGGCUUCCAGAAACGGGGAUCCAGAAGCAUAGCCCUCUCCUCCUCCAUGAAUUAGACUCAACCUCUUUUAAAGCCAUCCAAGAGAUAUUCUGCAGCAACAGAACAAAAUGUGAACUAUUUGACACGUUUGUCAAUGUUUAGGACGGGGUAAAUGGCAUCUCCCUGAGCAGCAUUUGCGCCUUGUUUGGGGAGGGAGGUUCAGUUUGUUGACCCUCAACCAGCCCAUCGCGGACUCUAGAUGCUGGUCCAUCUGUCCCUCAGUCUCCCCCUUCUGCAAAUGAUUAUGGGGGUUAUUUUCUUCAUAUAUGUUUGAAUAUACUGUCACACAGCACCCAGACUCCGAGAGGGGUAAGAUUUCAGGGAAUCCAGGCAUUUACACUGAGAGUUGGGUUUCCUUAGAAGGAGGGAUGGAAAAGAUGGUGGUGUCUUUAGGGUGUGGGGUUUAUUUGCACUUAUAGACCACCUGAGCCUUCGAUGGAGGGGCUCACAGCAUUCACCCCGCAGGAGAUCUUGCUUCUCCCAGAGUCACCGCUUUGGCAUCCAACAGAAAUCAAGCCUGGCACUGAAACAGCUUCUCCACCUGCAGCCUCUUUUCAGCUCACACACAACAGUGAAACUUUUUGACUUUCUAACUACAGUGAUACCUUGGUUUACAACCGUAAUCUGUUCCGGAGGUCCGUUUGUAAACCAAAACAAGUUGUAACCCAAGGUGCGCUUUCGCCAAUGGGGCCUCCAAAAAAUUUUGGUGUGUAAUCCCAAAAAAUGGGUUGUAAUCCAAAAAAAGUUUGCAAACCGGGACACACACUUCCGGGGUUGACGUGUUUGUAAUCCAAAACGUAUGCAAACAAAGGUACCACUGUACCGGGCAGUUUGGGGGUGAGAGCAACUUCUUUUGUUAAACUAGUGAGGGUGCUUAGGUGAAAACUACGGCCAUCAUCUCACUGAGAUAGUUCAACAAUGGAUCCCUCCAUUAGAUUUCUACCUUGGCUGGAUCCAGGACCCCAGGAAUCAGAAAGAACUCAGGCAUCCUGCAGACUAACCCCGCCCCCAAACUCACAAUAAUACCUUGGCAUCAGACAAGGGGAAAUAGGGAUGACAGAGAUCAUGCAGCUUGGGAAAAAGAGACCCCCCCCCCAAUUCUUUACCUUCCGACUUCACAGCCCCCCCCCCCCCAUUAAAUGAAAGCUUCCUUGUACCUGGGCAAGGAGCGGCCACUACUUGUCUCUUUCCUGAUUUCUUGGAAAAGGCAGCAGCUUCUGCUGUGUCCCAUGCUUAGCUCAGGUUUCAAACGUUCAGGCUUCUGGAAGUGGGAUGUGGGCCAAGCACUCUCUGGGCCAAGCACCCAGCCUUGGCUCAGGGCCUUCCAGAAGAGGCUUGGCAGCCGCUGGGUCUUGCUGGCUGUGCAGGGGGCCUCCCUGACCCCAACACCCAGGGCCUGCAGACUUAAGAGGGUCCCAGGCAGGGGGAGAGAAACUCAUGGUGGGGCCAGUAGGACGAGAGAAGGAAGUAGAGAUAUGUGGGGAUAUAAAAUGCCCCAUUAAAAAGCACAUGGAGAAAGGAAAUUGUGGCAAGCUGGUGGGCUCUGGCCUGUUUGUCAGUCUCCCAGCACCUGCUGUGCUUCUUUAUGUGGUCAUUUCUUUCUCUCUCUCUUGCGUGAGAUUUGGUCUGAAUGGUCUACCCUGAGGUUCAGCCCUAGUUGCAACACUGAGCAUUUCUUUACAAGGCACACAGUUAACCGCUGGAACCCCCUGCCACUAGAUAGAGGGACUCAGGAGAAGAGCCGGGCUGCUGGAUCACCCCAAAGGGGCCCAUCAAGUCCAGCAUGGCGGUCUCCCAGUGGCCACCCAGAUGUCCCAGUAAGGAAGCAUGCAAGGAGGACACAAGGGACACCCAUUGAGUGGGACGCUAAUGCAUUUACUGUCUCUGACAGUGGAGGAAGAAGGGAGCCAUAUUUGAAGCCAUGCAAGGGCUUCUUAAGAAUAGGACCCAGGAGGCUGCCUUGCACUGACUUGGGCCACGAGUCCAUCUCCCUGGGGAUCUCACAGCCCCUCUCACCAGUUUCUGAGAGGGGGACAUUCCCAGACCCCCCCUGGAGAUGCGGGGAUUGAACCUGGGGUCCUCCCCUGGCAACCCCCCUCCGCCCUCCCUGCAGGGCAGGACAGGAAGAGCUGCCGGGGGAAAGAGGGAAAGAGGGAGGAAGGGAGGGAGGCGGCGACUCCCAGCGAGGAGCUGCAAUCACUUUCUCUUUCCCUCGCCAGCCUCGCUCCCAAACUUGCGCCUCGAGUUCUGCCUGGCGACCGGUGCCGCAAUCAGCGCGCCGAUUUCUGA